AUGACGCCAGCAGCCGCGACAGCACACGAGCCAACGAUGUACAUGUUCGAAUGCACACCGACUGCAGCGUUGAAGUUAGCGCUGGACGAUGAUGCGGCGGCGGCGGAUUGUGAUGCGCUCGAGGCGCCUGAUGACGCGGCCGAGCUGGCAGCGGACACGAUGUUCGAGGAAAGGCUGUUGACGGCGCUAGAUGCACUUGAGGCGGCGCUCGUUGCGGCUGAUGAACCGGCGGACAGCCCCCUGCGCAACGGACGUGUCGGUUCCACGAUGACAACAGAACAUGGAAGGAAAACGUACGGGGCGGUGCUGCUACCUGAAGCAGCGGAGCUCACCGCACUGCUCGAGGUGCUGGAGGCCGACGAACUGACGGGCUGCGUCACACCGAAAGCACCACUUGUACCAAAAACAUUGUUGAUGUUACUGUCGUGGCCUCAUGAGCAAUGCUGCCUCUUGGUCAUUGGCCAGAAUAGAAACACGUGCCUGAUGUCAACUGCGAUAAUUGUGUAA